AUGGAUUUCUUAAAGUCGUCAAAUACAAAUAUGGCAAAUACCGAGGCAAAGAUAGUACCCGAGGCCAACUCUCCUCAUUUCCAAAACGCUCAAGCCCUCGAAGAGCCCUCAUCCCCUGUCAGCCCUACCUACGACAACGUUCCCCGACGAACCAGCGGCUCCGCUGAGCCAGGGUUUGGAGAGCCCGGUUUCAAGUACGAUAUGUUUGGUACUGCCCGACCUGAAGGCAUCCAAGAGGUACCUAUUGAACAAAGAGACAGGCGAAUGUCAAAGGAGUGGGAUGCGAGCAAAGUACCCCCAUCCCGAUUCCAAAAGCGUGCUGGCAGUAUCCAUGCUACUCCUCCCAGCCGCGACGGCCAUAUCCAGCGUAACGACCGAACAGAGUUGUUCGAGAAGCUCAGCAAGGGAAAGAAGGGAGAGCGAAGAAAGAGUCAGUCCUAG